UAGUAUCGCAUAAACGACUGGUCGUGUAGUUUUGAUCGUACUGAAAUGAGCCCCCCCUUCGCCCCCACGUGUCUUCUGCGCUGACUCGACAUGGUGCCUUCAGUCCAACAGUUAACUUCAGCUGCCUGAGUUGUGCUCCUCUGCGAGUUCCGCACAUUUUUUUCUUACAGAUGUGAAGGGCCAAACUGGACUGCGAGGUGUGCAGGUUGGCUCUCUCUGUAUCACCUGCCAGUCCUUUCUGGUGACCUCUUCCAGCCCCCUGCUCCGAUCACAUCAAUAUGGCUAGUGGUGAUGAGGAUGAUCCCAUUAUAGAAGAGAUUGAUGUAUAUCUUUCCAAAAGCCUUGCAGAUAAACUGUAUCUUCUCCAGUACCCGGUGCGGCCGGGCACCAUGACCUACGAUGACGUCAGCCAUCUGUCCGCUAAGAUCAAACCCAAACAACAGAGGCUGGAGCUGGAAAUGGCCAUCAACACAAUGAGUCCCAACUACUGUCGCAGUAAAGGAGAGCAGAUAGCGCUGAAUGUGGACGGGACGUCCUACGAUGAAACCAACACCUACAGGGCAAAAAUGAUGGACAAACAGACGUUCUCCUCCAUGCAGGCCACCACCAACACGUCCAGAUAUGCGGCUGCUGUGUUUCGCAAAGGUGAGCUGCACAUCACGCCUCUGACGGGAAUCCUGCAGAUGAGACCGGGCUUCUCCUACCUGGACAAAGCGGACAGCAAAACCAGAGAGCGCGAGGCGGCUAACGAAGGAGGAGAUUCCUCUCAGGAUGAAGCGGAGGAGGAAGCCAAAGCAAUUACUGUGAGGUUUGCCCGACCUGAGUCCGAGCAGGCCCGGCAAAGGAGGAUCCAGUCCUACGAGUUCCUGCAGAAGAAGCAAGCAGAGGAGCCGUGGAUCCACCUGCAGUACCACAGUGCCAAGGACAGCCGAUCGGACCAUGAAAAGCAGUACCUGUACUGUCAGUCAGUGGACGCCUCGCAAAACUCUGAGCUGGUCAAAACUCCAAAAGAGUAUUUGGCGAUGCUGAUGCCUCCACUGGCUGAGGAGAAAAUUGCCAAGCCUGUUGGUCCCAGUAACGUUCUGUCCAUGGCUCAGCUCCGCACUCUGCCGCUGGGGGAGCAGGUCAAGACCCUGAUGAAGAACGUUAAGGUGAUGCCUUUUGCCAACCUGAUGGGCCUUCUUGCUUCGGGUACUGACCAGACAUCAGUGCUGCGCUGCAUCCAGCAGGUGGCGCUGCUAGUGCAAGGCAACUGGGUUGUAAAGAGUGAUGUUCUGUAUCCUAAAAACACCUGCAGUGCUCAUAGUGGCGUUCCUGCCGAAGUUCUCUGUCGUGGCAGAGACUUUGUGAUGUGGAGGUUCACAAAGGAGCGCUCAGUGAUGAGGAAGGAGAUCACAUCCAUCAUCAAACUUCCCCCUGAGGACGUGAAGGAGUUCCUGGAGCACGUGGCAUCUCCUCGGGUCAACCGAGGCUGGGAGUUCCUGCUGCCCACUGAUGCAGAUUUCAUCAAGAAGCACCCAGACGUUGCUCACAGACAGAACAUGCUGUGGCUCGGCAUCCAGAGCAAGUUGGAAAAAGUUUUCAACUUCUCUAAAGAAGACUUCAUGCCAAAGAAUUCCCCUCAACCUGAGCCCGUUCACGUCAGCGGUGCGCAGCGCCUGAAGUUUGCUCAGGAGCGAGCUCAAGACAACCAGGCGUCGCUGCAGAGGGACCUGGAUGGCAGACGUGCAGGAAGCAGCGUCCAGAUCAAACAGGAACCCAACGGCGACGUUGCGGAGGAGCUGAUGGACACUUCUUCCUCCAUCCACAACGGUUCUGUUAAUGGUUACUCCAGCGCCACCUCCCCCUGCUUGGAUCAUACUAACGGAGGGAGCCCCUCCAACAGCUUGACCCCGGAGCUGCAGGACUUUGUGACAAAGACUUUCCAGAAACACGUUGUGCUGACGCUGAAUGAGCUGAAGAGACUCUUUAACCUCUACCUGGCUUCCAUACCGGCUGGACAAAACGUCUUCAGCUCCAUUUCCGAUCACAUGCUGCAGGACGCUGUGCUGCUCUGCCACUGCAAGCAGAUAAUGGUGCCUUUUCCUGCUCAGAGUAAAUUAGCUCCUGAUGAAAGGAAGGUGUUUGGUCUUUGGGAGACAGGAGACAACUUCGACAAGCACCGCCGCCUGCUCUACGACCUUUUCACAAAGAACCACCGGGUCAGGAGGAACGUGAUCCAAGCCAGACUUGCUCAGGAUUUGGGCGACGUGUCUAAAGCCGAAGUUGAUCGACUGCUUCAUGAGUGCUGCAUCAGCAGUGCAGGGUUUUGGUACCUGAAGGGAACGUUGCAGUCAUGACCCUGAUGACCUGCCCGCCUUCGUUCACCGACAGAUAAUCAAACUCUCUCCCUCGUGUCCGACGGGAUGCCAGACGAGACCCGACAGCCAAACAAAGCAGCCGGUUCAGGCCUGAGAGCUGGGGAUUGGAGGAUGGAGACGUCGGCUGCGCUCUCUGCUCCGAAGAAACUGGGGGGGAAAAAAACAACCUCUGAUGCAACAGCAGGAAAUAAACUCACUCAAAGCCGUAGAGACUGAGAAGAAAUGGUUUAUAAUCACAAUGAAGAAAUGGUAGAAUAUACUUUUUUUUUUUGCCUUUAUGACUUUUUUCUGACCUGGAUAGUGUUAGAAUGUUGGAAACAUUUCAGACUGUUUUUAUUUUACUCCUCUUUUGGCCAGAAAAUACAGUUUACAGGAGACAACUUAUUCAGUUUAGAAUCCAUUAAUUUAAUGCAUUUUUUAAAAGAUCUGACUUUGGGUUCAGAACAUCAUAUUUAUCUAAUCUUUAGCGCACAGGUGGAGAAGUACGAGCUGCAAGGAAUUAAAUGUAUGAAGUUCUUUUAACUCCUGAAGACAAAAUGGAGACAUGAUACAUGUCAAGUAAAUACUGUAUUAAAAGCCUUUUGGGAAACCUGGAUCUGAAAUCUCCAUCAGUCAAAUCUGUAAUAAUUGAUCAACUUUAUUAAUUGAAUGAACAUCUACUGUAAAGUUGGCUUCCUGAGCUGAUCAGACAUUUUCAGUUUGUUUGUUUUUUCCUGGAAGUGAUUUUUUUUUUUCUGAACAGAACCAAUAAAGAUGCAA